AUGAUGUUUUUGUGGCGGUAUUUCUUGUUUCCUGGUCUCAACUCGCGAAUCGAAACACAGAAAGAGGAAAUCGUGUUUUUCUUUUUCGAACCCAAUAGCUUCUCGGAACGACAUGGAUGUUCGGACUCUCCUGGGCUUCCCCUGUGGAGAGCCCUUAGUGAUACUCUCCCUAUCACUACUAAUUUACUUAUAAGGAGGGUAGAUGUAGACCCAACAUGUCCAAAGUGUGCUGAUUGUCAUGAGAAUGUGUUUCACGCAUUAGUUUUAUGUACCUACUCCCAACUAGUAUGGCAUGAACUCAACUUACCUACUGUACCAGCUGGUGGAGGUUCAUUUAGUGUGUGGCUCACAUUUAUUUUUAUGAAUUUUUCUGAAGGAGAUAUCCGGCUGGCGGUUGCAGCACUCUACUACUCUUGGCGUGCUCGAAACUCAGCCGUAUGGGAUGGCUUUCUCCCACUGCCAAGAAGAAUCAAACAAUCAGCAAAGGCUGCACUUCAGGCUUGGACGGCGGUUCAUCACACCCAAGCUGCUGUUGCCGAUCACACGGGCGCACAGGCAGAUUCGGAACAGCACCAAAACAUGUCACCAAAAUGCUAUUUCGAUGCAGGAUUCAUGCCGAAUACGUUGAAGUCGUCGUUUGGAGCGGUCCUACUCUCACCAGACGGGGCUUUCAUGGCGGCUUGCGGAGGAACUCUAUCGGACUGCUUCUCUCCAUUAAUGGCUGAAGCAGAAGCUUGCAGAAUAACUCUUACGUGGCUACGUGGUAAGGGUCUGGAUUCGGUGGCGCUAUUUUCUGAUUGCUCACAGUUAUGCUCAUAUCUCUCACAGGAGUGCUCUAUUCGUUCGCAUGCAGGCUUUGCCAUACAUGCAUGCAAAGCGUUAAGAGCAACUUUUCAUAGCUGUGUGGUUACUUUCAUUCCUAGAUCAGAUAAUGCUUUAGCACAUACUCUUGCCACAUCGGCUUUCUCGCAGACUAGUACUGUGUAUUCGGACUCUGUCCCACCAAACUCUAUUUCUGCUCUUCUACAUUAA